CCUGGUAUAAACGGAUGCAAGACUGCAUUUGAAAUAAAACUGGUUAUCUUGCGCAGGACAUUGUCUGUAAAAAAAAUUAAAGAUGUUGACUCUGAUUUGGAUUUUUUUGACCGCAAACAUUUUCUCUGUCUUGGGGACAAAUUUAGUUCAUGUUCCCUGUGAUGACAAGAUUGUGGAGAAGUUGUCCCGACUGGCUGUCACAUACAUAAAUGAGGACAGACAAACAGGUUACAAAUUUGCCCUUAACAGAAUCACAAACGUCCAGGCGCAUCAACAGGGUCCUGCUGGAAAGGUCUAUUAUCUUGAUCUAGAUGUCCUUGAGACCAAGUGCCAUGUCCUCAGUCCCAAAUCGUGGAAAAAAUGUCCUAUAAGACCUUUCAUGGAAACAAAAUUCAGGCUGUUGCCACCAGAGCAAAUCUCUGGAAACUGUAACACCACAGUGCUCCACACACCAGAGGGCUUCUCUUAUCUCUACAGCUAUGACUGCACACUCGUUCCAGACCCUCCAGAGAAGUUACGUCUGACGUGUCCGGACUGUCCUCUGCUGCUGCCGGUAGAGAGUAAUGAAGCCAUUGCCACAGCUAGGACAUCCCUCCUUAAAUACAACAGACAAAGCACAUUUCCUGUUAGCCUGACUGUGAACACCAUCACUAGAGCUUCCCAUCAGAGCUCCCCUGUUUCUGCCAGUUUUGUGGAAUACACUGUUCAGGAAUGCUCACUUGCUCCAUUUCCAGAGGUUCUGUGUGAGCCAGGACAUGAAGGUAAAGAGCCUGUUGGGUUCUGUGUGGGGGAGAUUCUUGGCACUAACCACGGCCAGCAAGAUGUGAAGGUGUCCUGUGAAAUAUUUCGCCCACAGGUGCAUGUUGUCAGUCCCACACAGCUAGAGGAAAAAUCCACCACACUUUCCAAAACUCCAACCCACAAUAUUCCUCAUAUCCCUGAGCCCUCAUUCCAAGAUGUUGGACCAGUAACACCUCAGCUAGCCGACCCGGUGUAUCAGGCCAUCCCUGCCGGGCCCAGAAGGCACCCAGCAUCAGAUGCUGCCCUCCCCACCUCCUCCAGUGAAUCCAGUGAGUCUGCUGAGUCCGACUCAUCCGAGGAAGUGGGCGGUCCUGUUCGCGCAGUCAAACCUCCAAUGAACUUCCGUUACGUGCUGCACCGUCAGAGGAGGCAGAUCCCCACAAGCACCACAUCUCCUCAUACACCCGUGUUCCUGAGCGUAUUUCCCAGUGUCCGCUCUCCGUUCCGCUCCUGUCCAGGCAUCUCUCGCUACACCACCGUGUGAGAGGCUUCAUUCAUCAAGCACAAAAUUUACCUAAACUUGAAGUGAAAUGAAAUGAAAUAUUUCAAAAAAGGUCUCAGAUGUGUAAGUUAUAAAGUGUUCAUGUCAAAUGCCAUUCUCAACAGUUCCCUGUCAAAACCAACAAAGUAUUAUUUAAUUAUUCUUUAAAAGAACAACAGAUCUCCUUAAACCUCUAACAAUGUCACUUUUUGCUAAUUGCAUUUAUGCACAAAAUUCAAUCAUUGGCCAUUUACAGGAAAUGAUGCCAUUUUUGUGACGUGUUUUCCCAUGAAACUGAACUUUAAGAACUUUUCAAAUAGACCAUUAAUUUUUAUCAAUAUCAAUUUGCAUGUCCAUCACCAUGACAUUUUAAUCUGUUAAAUUGAAUAACAAAUCCAAUUAUACAUAAAUUUAGCUUUCAUUCAAAUUGAAAUAUUCUGCAUUAAAAUAUGCAAGUAAUUUUAUUUCUAAAAUACUUCUAAUUUACUGUGAAAUGUUUCAAACUUACUCUGACUGUUUUAAAAUAAUGAAUUAUGUAGCUUUAAAAGUUACUUUUAAAUGUGACGUUUGAGCUUGGUGUGCAUAGCAAAGCAAAACAAUAAAAAUGUUUUCUAUGCA